AUCCAACAUUCCCGUUCGUGAACGGUCCUCAAACAUACUGCAUUUAGAAGAUUCGACGAAUGUCGAGAAGACACUGGGUUUAUGCUGGUGUGUCAAGUCAGAUUGCUUCAAGUUUGAAGUAAAUCUGCCAGUACGUCCGAUAACGAAGAGGGGAAUCUUGUCGUGCAUAGCUUCUUUAUAUGAUCCACUCGGUUUUGUCGCCCCACUACUACUUCCACCUAAAAGAGUAAUGCAACACCUGUGCCGAAGUGAGUUUGGGUGGGAUGAACAUGUUGAUGUGAGUAUCGGUGCCAAAUGGGAGGCUUGGCUUGUUGACAUUAAGAGAAUUAAGGAUCUAGAGGUUCAACGUUGUUUUCGACCCCAGACCUUCAGUCCUAUAGCAGUUUCAAUGCACUUAUUUUCGGAUGCCUCUGAAAUAGGUUUCGGUUCAGUAGCAUAUCUACGUUACGAGUCCUGUUCAGGAGAAGUAAGCUGCAGCUUUGUUAUGGGCAAAUCUAGAGUGGCUCCCUUGAAGCAUGUCACCGUGCCACGUUUAGAACUACAAGCAGCCGUGCUCUCAGUGAAGCUGUUAAAAUACAUCUUAGAGGAAAUAAAGUUGGAACUAAGUGAUGUUUAUCUAUGGACAGAUUCUAUGAUUGUGUUAAGCUACAUCCGCAAUACCACAUCCCGCUUCAAAACCUACAUAGCUAACAGAGUAGGGUUUAUACUUGAUAACACUACGCGGCCUCAAUGGCGACAUGUACCAACUAAUAUGAAUCCAGCUGACCUUGCUUCCAGGGGAAUAAAGAUGAGUGAGUACGAGCGUAUACAUACCUGGCUCGAUGGUCCUGAAUUUCUCAAAAUCCUAAAAAGGAUUGGCCGAAUUUCGAUGGAAAAAGCGUGCCAAUAAUUCCAUCUGACAUAAAGCUAAAGCAAGCCACCAUCUUAACGACACAAACAGCCGUAAAUCCGAUAGACACCUUAUUCUCGUAUUUCUCUUCUUGGACAAAACUUCGUAGAGCGGUAGCCUGGUUAAAAAGGUUUAAAGUUUUUCUACUAAAACGUCUAGUGCAAGGCCCUUUACAAACGUGUGAGAUGUUAGAGGCAGAGGAAGAUAUCCUUAGAUACGUGCAAAAACAAGAGUUCGGUAAAAUCAAAGGAGUUAUGUGUGAACGCUAUUUGGAUAGUAAAUACAAGCCACUCCUUCAACGUAUCAAGAAACUGCAUCCUGUCAUCUUAGGUGACUUGAUAUGUGUCGGCGGACGACUGAAUAAUAGUCAACUGUCAAGUUCGGAAAAACAUCCAGUUAUAUUGCCAGGAACUCAUCCUGUCACGGAGGUUAUUGUUCGUUAUUAUCAUGAGACUGAAGGACAUAUGGGAGUAGCCCAUCUUUUGUCAGCAUUGCGUAUGAAAUAUUGGAUAUUGAAAGGAGCGGCAGUAGUUAAGCGUGUGGUGAAUAAAUGCAUCGGUUGCCGAAUCAGGUCUGCAAAACCUACUGAACAACUGAUGGCAGAAUUACCCAUAGCAAGGGUCACGUCAGAUUUUCCAUUCUCUAGCACCGGGGUAGAUUACUUCGGCCCCUUUAUCGUUAGGCGGGGGCGGACUACAGACAAAAGAUAUGGAUGCAUAUUCACUUGUUUGAAAACUCGAG